AUGGUCUCCUUCUUCCCAUGGCUUCCAUUGCUGCUCUCUCUCGCCGCUGCUGCUCACAAUCACAAACCUCCAUUUCCAAACACCUUCAAUGUGUUGUCUUAUGGUGCACUUCCAAUUCCGGUCACCGAUAACUCGAAGGCGUUUCUUCGAGCAUGGAAAGAUGCAUGUGAAUGUGAGGGAGGUGGUAGGGUUUGGAUCCCGAGAGGAACGUAUCUUCUUGGCUCCGUCGUCUUCAUCGGACCGUGCAAGGGACCUGUAGAAUUUGUUAUUAAAGGAUCGCUAGUAGCUUCCAGUGAUCGCUCCAAGUUGUUUGUCGAUCACUGGAUUGGUUUCUUGUACGUCGACCGGUUGGUGGUGAGAGGUGGUGGUCAUCUGCUUGGUCAAGGUGGCGCUGCGUGGCGGUACAACGACUGCGCCACCAAUCCCCGUUGCAGACCUCUUCCCGUCACGAUGCGGUUUGAUUUUGUUACGAAUUCGAAGAUAAGCCGGAUCCGAUCGAUCGACAGCAAAAACGCUCAUUUCAAUCUAUUUGCGUGCCAAAACGUGAACAUGAGCCGCAUUCAGAUAGAUGCCCCGGCAUGGAGCCCAAAUACCGAUGGCAUUCGUAUAGGGGCCUCGAGCAACAUCACUAUCGAAAACAGUAUAAUAAGCACCGGUGACGAUUGCGUUUCGAUGAUUGCGGGUAGCGAGGACAUUAUGAUCUCAGGCGUCCAUUGUGGGCCUGGGCAUGGUUUUAGCAUUGGUAGCCUUGGUGGGUCCGACAAUGAAGAACAUGUGUCUCGUAUAAUUAUACGAAAUUCGACAUUACGAGAGACUCAAAACGGCUUGAGGAUCAAAACAUGGGCUCCCUCACCGCCUAGCUUGGCUUCGGAUAUUACAUUCGAGGACAUCGUUAUGGAAAACGUCAAUAACCCCAUUUUUAUCGACCAACAAUACUGCCCACAACCUCCUUGCAACGAAAAGGCUCAGUCAAACGUUCAAAUAAGGAAUGUUACAUUCCAAAAAGUACAUGGGACAUCGAGUUCUAAGGUUGCUGUUAAAAUACAGUGUAGUAAACACGUGCCUUGUGAAGAUGUUAAACUCGUGAAUAUUAACUUAGAGUACCGUGGAUCGGAGGGACCCGCUGCUUCAUCUUGCUUCAACGUUAAAGGAAAGUCGUACGGCCUACAACUUCCGUCGGGGUGUCUAUAG